AGUCUGUGUGCGAAAUUAUUUGAAGCGUUGUUACGUAUUGAUUUAGGGGCGACGGGUUAAGGGUGAUGGCCCCUGUAGGAAUUUUGAAAUUUUCGAUGUGCUGCGUAGUCAAACUCUGACAUUGUGCAAAUCGUUGGUUUACUCAACGCAUGGAUCCGAUGAGCAGUCCGGCAUAUAUAUUAAAAAGGUUGUUCCCGGAAGUGCGGCUGCGAUGGACGGCAGGCUUCAGUCGGGUGAUCAGCUUUUGUCGGUGAACGGCCACAGUUUGCUGUCAGUUACUCAGGAACAAGCUGCUAAGAUCAUGUCUCGUUGCGGACCGAUCGUGUCGUUCGAAGUCGCCAAGGAAGCGGCGUUGUACAACGGUCUUGCCAGAUGGAUAUAUGAUCAGUCGCCGGUGUUUUCGCAAGAAAAUGCUCCGAGCGCUCGUGCGCGCCUGAACACUUCUGAUCAAGUCAGUACUCCAUCGGAGUACCGCUACUCUUUGAACUCACCGCCUCUUUUCGAUCAAAAGAAGUCGAACACAUCCGUGUCCGCCUUGUCCUACACUUCGUCGCCCUCCUAUUACGACCAGCGAACGUAUUCGGACUCGAUGCCGCCCAGACAAGACCAGCUGGCGGCGCAGGCUGCCGCCGUUGCUGCCAGCCGAACAUAUCCGGUUCAGGAGACGAGUGUCGGUGCAAGUGCUUAUUCAGUGGCGCUGCCCAUUAACAAGAACGCCGUCGGCAACGAACGGUCGUUUUCCACAUCGAACCUGAUGUACGAGGACAAGCAUCACGCCAGGGGCAGCGUGGACGCCAUGCAGUCGGUCUACCAGGCUGGCAGCGGCGGUGGCGCGUCGGUGCCGUGCGUGUCAUUGCCUUUUCAGAGGUCCACAUAUUCGUUGCCUCGCGCAACUCCUCCGUCCGGCUACGACGAGCGUGCGUACGCGACCACGACACAAGUCGCCAGCGACAGCGGUCAUUUCGAGUCGCCGCCGUACUACGGAGCGACACCUUCCGGUUCCGGUUCCGGUUCCGCGUCGACACAGGCAAAGCUACGCGACCAGCAGCACGGUGUCCGUUCCGAGGUGCGCCCUGCCGGUCCCCGUCCGUCCGUCGGUGCAGGCGUUGCUUCGAUUUCAGACACCGACGUGUCGGCGAUGACCACCGCCCCUUAUCACAGGGAUAUGUUGCAGCUGCAGAGUCAAGAAAGCCGUCGGAGUCCUUCCGUUCAGGAAAGAAACUGUGUGACAGGCAUGAACCUCCCUUCGUAUGUCCCAUCGAAGGUCGCAUCGAUGGCUUCCUCCGCGAGGUUGCCAGACGAUGAGUUUACUACGAAGCGGCUGGUGACCGCUACCCGUUCAACCACCUACUCUGCUACAAUGACGUCCGAGUCACCCUUGGACAAGAAAAUGGAAACUUCUUUGGUACUCAGCGACCGGUCCUCGCCUAACCUUGAGCAAAGUGCCGCAGUGGCCUCGAGCGGUGCGUCAAAUGCUGGUCGAGAAGACUUUAAAAGCCAGAUCGAAACGGAGAUGGAGAAACUUCUGAAAGAGGAGCUGCAACGGCUACAGGCUAAGGUAAGCCUCAACGAUGCGGAACGUCGAAGAUACAUGGUGCUGAAGUAUGAACUGGAAACGCGACAUGGUGUUAGUGCUUAUGGAAGUGACCACACUGGGUCGAAACGAUUUGUGCCCCCUUCCUUGUCUAGAGAAGAAACGAAUCACAGCCCUCAGCUUAGCAGCAGCGGUUUAACGAACGCGACGAGAUCCAAUCCAAAAACCAAUGUCUUGUACGUUCAGCAUGAGUUGGGCAGUGUUCCAGACCACGAAUCGCCUAACUAUUCACCGGACAAUGCCAAAGCGGCUGCCGCCCGCGGAUCGAGCCCUCUGACCAGGAGACAAGAAGCUCCGGCGCAUGGCAUCGUUCUUCAUCCUGAUUCCGGUCGUACCUUCACCACCACUGCUGUUCGAAACAUGCUGACGGCUAACAAAAAAGACGAAAACGAUUCGAUAGGCAGACAAAUGCUGCGCGAUCAGUACUACGAAAGCGCCGAAAGGAAGUACCAAGAGCUGGCCGCCCGCGAAUGGCACGCUGUUCAUCAGGCUGAAACCGAACAACAGUAUGUAAGGGAAACAUCCUCUGGCGAAAACGUGUGCCAACCGCCCGCCUGGAGCGUACCUGAAAGAGAGGCUGAACGAGCGAUCAGUUCUUGUCCGGAUGUCAAGUAUGUUGUUGCGAUUUGUAGGUCGAGUUCGGUGUUUGAUGGUGGGUACGGGCGGACGGUUAUGCGUAACUAA